AUGGAAGAAAGAAAAAUCUUUUUAGAUUCCUUUCGGUUUCAUCAAUUUCUCGUUGAGACCAUGCACUUUUCAUCUACUAACAACAAGGGUGAGAAGAAAAGUAGAAGCGAUCAAUCAACUAAUGAAAGCAAAGAGAACAAUGAAAUUAUUAUUUUGAGGUCAAGAGAAAUUCAAAAUGUUCCUCUCAUAUCAUUAAAAGUUUUCUCUUCAGCGAACAAGUUAAGCAAGAUGAAGACUUCUAAAACAUACAUAAAGAAGCUCAUUUGA